GAGAGACUGCGGGGCCGCAGCAAGCGUCCCCGGGCUCAGAGCCCCGGGGCGGACUGGCCCCCGUCUCCCCAAGCCGGAGCGAGCGCACUGCCAGCCCCCGGGAGUCCGGGGCCACCCGAUCCGCGCCCUCCACCGGGGCGCGCGGACACCCGGCAGGGGCACCCUGGCCUGGGCGAGUAGCCCGUGGCCUUUCCCCUCCCAGCCAGCCCGGGCGCGAGGGCACCUGGCGGGGACCGGUGCCCUGGCCGGCCUCCUGCCUCGGCCAUUCCGCGUUCUCUUCGCCCCGGGGCGCAAUCAACUCCAGGGCCUGUGUUUGUGAGUCUCAGAAGCAGUUUGUCGUUCUCCACGUUUGGAUUUAUUACAAGCAAAAUGGAAAUCGAAGUUUUCCUGGAAAGGGAACACAUCAAAUAAUAAUAAACCUCCAGCGUAGGAAUAGUGGACUUUGGAUCUGCUUUGAGAUGGCCGAAGAUGAUGGAAGUCUAUAAGGAACCUAGAGAACAGCCCAUCUUCACCACCCGAGCGCAUGUCUUCCAGAUCGACCCCAACACCAAGAAGAACUGGAUGCCUGCGAGCAAGCAGGCAGUCACUGUUUCCUACUUCUAUGAUGUCACAAGGAACAGCUAUCGGAUCAUCAGUGUGGAUGGAGCCAAGGUGAUCAUCAACAGCACAAUCACACCGAAUAUGACCUUCACCAAAACAUCACAGAAGUUUGGGCAGUGGGCCGACAGCAGAGCCAACACGGUGUUUGGUUUGGGGUUUUCCUCUGAGCAGCAGCUGACAAAGUUUGCAGAGAAAUUCCAGGAGGUGAAAGAAGCCGCCAAGAUAGCCAAAGACAAGACCCAGGAGAAAAUCGAGACCUCAAGUAAUCAUUCCCAAGCAUCCAGUGUCAACGGGACAGACGAUGAAAAGGCCUCUCAUGCUGGUCCAGUCGACACGCACCUGAGGUCUGAGAAUGACAAGCUGAAGAUUGCCUUGACGCAGAGCGCUGCCAAUGUAAAGAAGUGGGAGAUUGAGCUGCAGACCCUGCGGGAGAGCAACGCCCGCCUGACCACGGCGCUGCAGGAGUCGGCGGCCAGCGUGGAGCAGUGGAAGAGGCAGUUCUCCGCCUGCCGCGACGAGAACGACCGGCUCCGCAACAAGAUUGAUGAGCUGGAAGAACAAUGCAGUGAGAUCAACAGAGAGAAGGAGAAGAACACGCAGCUGAAGAGGAGGAUCGAGGAGCUGGAGGCAGAGCUCCGAGAAAAGGAGACAGAGCUGAAAGAUCUCCGAAAACAAAGUGAAAUCAUACCUCAGCUCAUGUCAGAAUGCGAAUAUGUCUCUGAGAAGCUGGAGGCGGCAGAGAGAGACAAUCAAAACCUGGAAGACAAAGUGCGUUCCCUGAAGACAGACAUUGAGGAGAGCAGAUGCCGACAGCGCCACCUGAAGGCGGAGUUGAGGAGCUUCCUGGAGGUGCUGGACGGGAAGAUCGACGGCCUGCACGACUUCCGCCGAGGCCUCUCCAAGCUGGGCACCGACCACUAGGCCGGCCGAGGCCGGGCCCCGCCCGUGAGUCCCACGCGUGUGCGCGAGACCCGAUAGCGCUAGGACGUUCUCCUGCGUGCGUUGCUUCUGUAAAUGCAGGCACAGUUUGUCGUGUUUCCAAACCAGUUGUGCCGUCCACUCGCUCCUUUCCAGGAUAGAAAUCUCCUCUCACUUCUCUGGCCUUGUGAGGUUGUGGACAACUGGAAGGUUCUGACUCAGGAAUCCAGAACUAGGUCUACCUUAAACAUUUACGCAGUCAGGGCAGGGAUGUUCAUACCUUUCAUAAGGGCUGUUGCAACCACAGGAACUGAUAAAACGCAUUUUCUAAUCCAAAUACUGAUAUUCUUGACACCAGGCCAUCAGCCUCCUUUUCUCGAAUAGCAUUCAGAGUAUUUGAAUGUCCACCAGGCAGCAGCCCCCGGGGGCACAGAGAGAACAACAUUCCCCUCCAUCAACAUCGAGAGGCUUUGAAAAUACUGUUUAGUGGAGGUUUAUUGAGAGAUGGAAAACAAGCUCCAGGCGGGUGCGUUUUCUGGCCUGGGAAUCGCCUGCAUCCGCAAUACUGGCCCCUGCCCCCAGUUUGUAUGGUUGCAACAGUGUUCCUUUUCUUGGUUUUAAUUUCUGAGCAGAUGAUUGUGCUGUGCGAACAGCACACAGUGAGGGUGCCUCGCAUAAUGCCUGGCACAGAGUAGGUGCUUAAUAAAUAUUUGUUCAAUUAAA